CUUUAUAAAUAAAUAACAGCGGCGAGGAGAUAGGAAGCUGCAGCGAGUAGAGAGUAGAGAGUGAAAGUAAUGAGCGCAGCCUUGAAAAGAGACUACCAAAUCUGCGAGGAGAUCGGGCGGGGCCGCUUCGGCACCGUCUUCAAGUGCGUCUCCCGCUCCACCGGCGACUCCUUCGCCGUCAAAUCGAUCGACAAAUCCCUCACCGCCGGCGACUCCCUCGACGCCCAGUGCCUUCUCACCGAGCCCAAGGCCCUGGCGCUCGUCUCCCCGCACCCUCACCUCGUCCAGCUCCACGCCACCUACGAGGACGACUCCCACCUCCACAUCGUCACCGAUCUCUGCCCCAAUUCAGACCUCCACGCCCUAAUCCUCGCCAACGGCGGCGCGUUCCCCGAGCGCGAGGCCAGAUCUAUUUUCGCCCAAUUGAUGACGGCAGUCUCCCACUGCCACAGGAAGGGGGUGAUUCACAGGGACGUCAAGCCGGACAACGUGCUCUUCGAUUCGUGGAAUUCGGUGCGGCUGGCCGAUCUUGGGUCGGCGGCGGUGGUGGCUGGAGCGGAGGCGGCGGCGGCGGCCGGAGUUGUGGGUACGCCGUACUACGUUGCUCCCGAGGUUUUGUCCGGGUGGGAGUACGGUGAGAAGGUGGAUGUUUGGAGCUGUGGAGUGGUUUUGUACAUAAUGCUCGCUGGGUUUCCGCCGUUCUAUGGGGAGACGGCGGUGGAGAUUUUUGACGCCGUGUUGAGGGCGAAUCUUAGGUUUCCGACUAGGGUUUUCGGGUCGGUUUCACCUGCGGCGAAGGAUCUUUUGAGGAGGAUGCUGUGUAAGGAUGUCUACAGGAGGUUCUCUGCCGAGCAAGUGCUCAGGCAUCCAUGGAUGACAGGUGGUGGAGAGGAACCUGAAUCAGAAUCAAUGAGAUCUUUCUAGACAAGAAGAGUAAAUAGAGUGACUGCGGCUUGCAAGAGAUUGUGUGUAUUGUACAGGGUAUCAGGCGCUGCUACUGCUUGGUUUACUGGCCGCCUUGUUAGUAGUUUUUUUGUGUAGAUACGUGGAUAUCGAAUGGAUGGUUUACUGGUUCUCUCUGCUUCUGCUCUAAGUUUGGUAAAGAGAAGAAGCAAUUUUUCCUUGUUUUAUUUUCGUUUGGGUCUGUCUCCCUGUGUGUUUUUGCCCCGUAAAGGGAUUUUGACUUUUGAGCCAGGCAGCCAUUACUAUUCCUUCUGCUAGUAUAGUAGUAGCAGGAGAUGUAAUGAAGAGGAAGCGAAGCAGCUUAUCUGGCUUUAAUGGCGGCUUCGUUUCAGGGGGAUUUGGCUAAUUAUGAGUAAUCUUGUACGGAAUAUGCGCCUCUAUAAUUAUAAUAAUAUAAUGGAAAUGACUGG